AUGGGUUCUCUGGAAUCUGGGAUUCCGGCGAAGAGAGAGAGCGGCGUGAGAGCAGCGAGGCAACAGCAACACCCGUUCUUGCAGAGAAACAGAUCGAGGCUCUCGAGAUUCUUCCUAUUCAAGAGGCUCGAUUACCUCCAAUGGAUUUGCACCAUGGGUGUGUUCUUCUUCUUCGUUGUGCUAUUUCAGAUGUUUUUGCCGGGUCUGGUCAUCGAUAAAUCCGAUAAACCGUGGAGUAACAAGGAGUUUUUGCCACCUGAUCUGGUUGUUUUCAAGGAGAGAGGGUUUUUCGAUUUCGGUGAGGAUGUUAGACUUGAGCCCACCAAGCUUCUGAUGAAAUUCCAGAGAGAAACCAAUGCUUUGAAUUUCACAUCAUCUUCUCUCAAUACAACUCUGCAGCGUUUUGGAUUUCGAAAGCCCAAGCUAGCUCUGGUUUUUGCCGAUUUGUUAGCUGAUCCAGAACAACUGUUAAUGGUCACUGUCUCCAAGGCACUGCUAGAGAUUGGCUAUGCAGUUGAGGUUUACUCACUUGAAGACGGUCCAGUGCAUGGUAUUUGGCAGAACAUGGGAGUUUCAGUCACAAUUCUCGAGACUAACCAUGCAUCGAGCUGUGUUAUCGACUGGCUUUCCUAUGAUGGCGUAAUUGUAAACUCUCUCGAAGCUAGGAGUAUGUUUACUUGCUUCAUGCAAGAACCUUUCAAAUCUUUGCCUCUUGUUUGGGUCAUCAAUGAAGAAACUCUCGCUGUUCGGUCUAGGCAGUAUAACUCAACAGGGCAGACCGAACUCCUAACGGAUUGGAAAAAGAUUUUCAGCCGGGCAUCGGUUGUAGUCUUUCAUAAUUAUCUCCUUCCGAUUCUCUACUCCGAGUUUGAUGCUGGCAACUUUUAUGUGAUUCCCGGAUCUCCUGAAGAAGCAUGGAAAGCAAAGAAUCUAGACAUUCCACGGAAAGAUGACAUGGUCAUUUCCAUUGUGGGAAGUCAGUUCUUGUACAAAGGUCAAUGGCUGGAACAUGCUCUACUUCUGCAAGCUCUACGGCCGUUAUUUUCAGGCUAUAACAGUGAACGUUAUAAUUCCCGUCUCAAGAUCAUAGUUUUAGGUGGAGAGUCAGCUUCCAACUACAGCGUAGCUAUCGAGACAAUUUCCCAGAACCUGACAUAUCCAAAAGAAGCUGUGAAGCAUGUAAGCAUCGCGGGGAAUGUUGAUAAGAUACUCGAAAGUUCUGACCUUGUUUUAUAUGGAUCAUUCCUCGAGGAGCAGUCUUUUCCAGAAAUUUUGAUGAAGGCGAUGGCGUUGGGGAAACCGAUAGUUGCACCGGACCUCUUCAAUAUUAGAAAACAUGUCGAUGACAGGGUUACGGGGUAUCUUUUCCCCAAGCAGAAUCUUAAGGUUCUAACGCAGAUUGUGCUUGAAGUGAUAUCAGAAGGGAAAAUAUCUGCUUUGGCGCAGAAAAUUGCUUUGAUGGGGAAAACAACUGUUAAAAAUAUGAUGGCGCAGGAAACCAUAGAAGGUUAUGCGGCUCUACUAGAUAAUAUUCUCAAGUUUUCAUCGGAAGUUGCUUCUCCUAAGGAUGUACAAAAAGUUCCUUCAAAACUGAGAGAAGAGUGGAGUUGGGAUCUGUUUGAAGCCUUCCUGGAUGCAACGCCUAAUAAUAGAACAGCAAGAAGCUAUGAGUUCAUAGCGAAGGUUGAGGGACAUUGGAAUCAUACCCCAGGAGAAGCUAUGAAAUUUGGGGUUGUUAAUGAUGAUUCAUUUGUAUAUGAAAUAUGGGAAGAAGAGAGAUAUCUUCAAAUGAUUAAUAUUAGAAAAAGACGAGAAGACGAGGAGUUGAAGGGCAGAGCCUUGCAGUAUCAUGGGACUUGGGAGGAAGUAUAUAAAAGCGCCAAAAGGGCAGACCGAAGUAAGAAUGAUCUACAUGAGAGGGACGAAGGUGAGCUGCUAAGAACGGGUCAACCUUUAUGCAUAUAUGAGCCCUAUUUUGGUGAAGGAACCUGGUCGUUUCUUCAUGAAUAUCCCCUCUAUCGUGGGGUUGGCCUGUCACUUAAAGGACGGAGGCCUAGGAUGGAUGAUAUCGAUGCAUCUUCACGUCUUCCGCUUUUCAACAAUCCGUAUUAUCGCGAUGCUCUUGGUGACUUUGGAGCACUUUUUGCAAUUUCAAACAAGAUUGACCGUUUACACAAAAAUUCAUGGAUUGGGUUUCAGUCCUGGAGAGCUACUGCCAGGAAGGAAACUUUAUCCAAGAUUGCUGAGGACGCAUUACUUAAUGCUAUACAAACACGGAAACACGGAGACGCCUUAUAUUUUUGGGUUCGCAUGGACAAAGAUCCGAGAAACCCUCUGCAGAAACCCUUUUGGUCGUUCUGUGAUGCCAUAAAUGCUGGGAAUUGCAGGUUUGCUUACAACGAAACUUUGAGGAAAAUGUACAGCAUCAAGAAAUUGGACUCACUGCCACCAAUGCCCGAGGAUGGGGAUACGUGGUCUGUGAUGCAGAGCUGGGCAUUGCCAACAAGAUCCUUCUUAGAGUUUGUCAUGUUCUCAAGGAUGUUUGUGGAUUCAUUGGAUGCACAGAUAUACGAAGAGCAUCAUCGAACAAACCGUUGCUAUCUGAGUGUAACUAAAGACAAGCAUUGCUAUUCACGGUUACUAGAGCUUCUGGUGAACGUAUGGGCUUACCACAGCGCGAGGCGCAUAGUCUAUGUAGAUCCUGGGACUGGUUUGAUGCAGGAGCAACACAAACAGAGGGACAGGAGAGGGCAAAUGUGGGUGAAAUGGUUCGAUUACACAACUCUGAAAACAAUGGACGAGGAUCUUGCAGAGGAAGCAGACUCAGACCGUCGUGUGGGUCACUGGCUAUGGCCGUGGACUGGUGAGAUCGUGUGGCGAGGUUCGUUAGAGAAAGAGAGACAAAGGAAGAAUGUAGAGAAAGAGGAGAAGAAGAAGAGAAGUAAAGAUAAGCUGAAUAGAAUGAGAAGUAGAAAUGGUCGCCAGAAAGUAAUCGGAAAAUAUGUAAAACCGCCUCCAGAUAACGGAACUGUUACCGGAAACUCCACUUUGUUAAACGGAGACGCUUAAAAAACAGAUUAAAAUUGUGCCUUUUUUUUUCUCUUUUCCUUUUUACCUUAGGUCAUAAGAUUUGUUUCAUUCA